GUAUUUCCAAGAACUUUGCGCCAGAGCUUUCAAAUAGCACGAUUAUAUCAAAGACACAAAUCAGUGUAUGAAACCAACAAAGCUCUUCACAGAUUUGUGACUCACGUGGGGAAAACGAGAAAUCCUUCAUAAUGAAGUGAUACCAACUUGCUGUAUAAAAGACAGAAAAGGAGGACACAAAUACACCAAUAGGACACAGCGCAACCAAUCUUACAUUGGGAGAAUAAUGGACUGGAAAACUUUACAGGGCCUUUUGAGUGGAGUGAACAAGUACUCCACUGCCUUUGGCCGGAUAUGGCUGUCAGUGGUGUUUGUGUUCCGGGUGAUGGUCUAUGUGGUGGCCGCAGAGCGGGUGUGGGGAGAUGACCAGAAGGACUUUGACUGCAACACCAAGCAGCCCGGCUGUGCCAACGUCUGCUACGACCACUUCUUCCCCAUCUCCCACAUCCGCCUGUGGGCCCUCCAGCUCAUCUUCGUCACCUGCCCGUCCUUCAUGGUGGUGAUGCACGUGGCGUACCGCGAUGAGCGCGAGCGCAAGUACCAAGCCAAGCACGGCGAGAACACCAAGCUGUACGCCAACACGGGCAAGAAGCACGGUGGGCUCUGGUGGACCUACCUGCUGAGUCUCUUUGCCAAGACGGGCUUUGAGAUCGGCUUCCUCUACGUGCUCCACCACAUCUACAAUAGCUUCUACCUGCCUCGGCUGGUCAAGUGCGACAUCAGGCCCUGCCCCAACAUAGUGGACUGCUACAUCGGGCGACCCACAGAGAAGAAGGUCUUCACCUACUUCAUGGUGGGGGCAUCAGCUCUCUGCAUUGUUCUUAGUGUCUGCGAGAUUAUUUACCUGAUCUCCAAGCGCUUAGUCCGUUGCGUGAGCAAGAUGAAAAGGAGAGAGAGAUACAUUCGGCCCCCGUACAGGGAAGAAGACAGCCACUGCACCCUACCGGUGAGAGACCUGGGCCACGAUCUUGAGUGUAAACCAGAGACCAAACCAGAUUUUAAGCCUGACUUCAAGCAUUACCCUCUCAUGCCAUCUCACAGGCUCUUAAAAGACGACCUACGUGCGUCAGCCCCAAAUUUGUCCUGUUCUACCUGAAAAACAAUCAGUCUGGAACUGAUAAGAACUUCUGAGAAGACGUGCUGAGACCCAACAGGUGUCAGAUGUGAUUCAGACAUUUUCAGCUGCAACUGCAGCUAAAGAUUAAUGUGGAUUUUGUUUUUGUGCUAACAAACUCUAAACAUCUUUGUACACUAAAAUGAGAUCCAUCGUUCCACAUUCACUCUGAGCCCCUCUUUCUUGAUGAAGUCUUGAGGCUGUUCCUGUGGCUUGUAAAGGUUUUUUUUUUUUAUGAGAUCCAUUUUGGUUUUAUGGCACACACAAAUAUUAGCUGAAAAUAAAUAGAAACAGGACCAUUCUGCUUUCUAGGAAAGUCUUUUUGACUGGCACACCUUUCUUUUUCAGUCCAGAUCAGGUGUGGUUGUGAGCAGUGGGGAAAAUAGAGUUGUGGAACAUUCUCAUAGUUGCUGAAUAACUGCACAGGCAUCCAGGUAGACACGCCUCAUUCAGCCACCCGUCUCUGUCUACACACCUUGAGACGUGGACAAAAGUUUCUGAGAAAAGGACUAUUGACAGAGAUUUCAGAGAAUUGUUUUCCCUUUUGCCCAGUUUCACACCUUAACUAAAUGUUAGACAAUAAAUGCUAAAUGGAACAUGAAUACUAAUAAGCAUUAAGCAUAGGACCAAAUAUAUUAAUGUCUACUAUAUAUAUACUGUAUAUAUAUAUAUAUAUAUAUAGCCUAUAUAUAAAUAUUUGUUCUUGGUUUACAAUUUUCUGUCUACAGAACUAAACUAGACUUUUUCUGACUUGAAUUGACAUUUUUCUUGGUGGUAACGCCUGUCUUUUUGGAAUUACGUGAUACUGUGUUAUGCAAAAUAUAGUUAAAACAAGAGCGAAUGGUUGCACAAAUGGUUGAUGUGGUUUAUGAUAAAACUACCCAAAGUUAAGACUUGCUGAAACUGAAGUGGAGAAAAUAAAAUAUGUCCCCAAACAUCCCUGGUGGACAUUGAAUUUUAAAUAGUUAACACAUUGUAUAUGCUGUAAAUGUAUUUAUGUUUUUGAGAAAUAAUAAUUUUCAUACUAAAGCAUAA